GCUGCAGGUCCACUAUCCUUUUUGUCUCUCUCCUACGGUUCGUGUCGACUUUACGGUGAGGAAGCCAGUCGCCCGCCGCAGGUUGACAGCGUCGCACACUGUCUGCUGGAGUUCACCGAGCAGUAGAAAACGAAGUGCGUUCGUCAUGAGGACACUGCUGAUCACUGCGUUGCUCGCGCUGGGAGCGAGCCUGGAGUCUGUCAACGGCGCAGAAAGCACCUACACAUUGGUUCCCAACGACAUCGUCACGGCUAGUGUCAACUUGGGCGACGGUGAUCGUUUCAUCGACAUAACGCUGAAGGACGCAGAGGGCAAGAACACGCUUAGCCACAUCAUGGUGGGAGGUGUGUACCCGGACGGCACGACGGCAUUCACAGCAACGAGCCGCUGCAGUCCCGGCGUCCCCAACACAUGCCUUUUGCACAAGGACUUCCGAGGCAGGUUUCAAGACCUGCCGAAGGGCGAGACAAAGCUGCUGCUACAGCUACGGCCGGGCAGACUUGCCGUAUGGCGGCCGGAGAACCCCGUCUCCGUGGCGAAGGUGCCAGCACCGGAGGGCAGCAACAUCGUCAUCAUUAGUGGCACAUCACAGCUGGUGCAAUUUACUAAGGGUGGUGAACCUGCUAUGGAUCCGGAAGAGCCAAGUACGCCACCGCCUGUUGAACCAAAUCUCUAAAAUUACCUAAACCACCACCUUAAUUGUAAAUUGCUGUUUAACUCUUAACAACAUUUUAGAACUUUAAUUGUGCACUAGACAUUGUAAUACAAGGGCUUUAUUAAACCAGUAUGUAACGCA